GAUAUAAUAAAGAAGAAUCGCCAACAAAAAUUUAAUUCAGUCAGACGAUAGGCAGGUCGGUAGAAGCUUGGUCCAGUAUUAACUUUUAUUAAAGCAAAAAUGGUGCUAUCGUUAGAUCGUUGGGUGGGCAAAGUAGCUGUGGUAACUGGCGCCAGUGCUGGAAUUGGAGUUGCAAUCGUAGAACAAUUAGUAAAGGCCGGGAUUGUGGUAGCAGGACUAGCCAGGAGGAAAGAUAGGGUUGAAGAGUUGGCUAAACAAUUAAGCGGUGAAAAAGGAAAACUGGUAGCAGUCCAAGCUGACCUCACAAAAGAACAAGAUAUAAUUGCUGCUUUCGAAUACGUUUUAAAAAACUUAGGACCGGUAAGCAUUCUGGUCAAUAAUGCGGGCCUAAGCAAGUUCUCAUCCCUCAUCGAUGGCGAAACUGAAAUCUGGAAGACCGUACUAGAUACAAACGUACUCGGUCUUAGCAUUUCCACCAGGGAGGCGAUAAAACAAAUGAAGGCAAACAAUAUCGAUGGUCACGUGAUACACAUCAACAGUGUUCUCGGUCACGCCGUGGCCAAUUAUCCCGGUUUAAACGUAUACCCUGCAACGAAAUUUGCAGUCACUGCUUUGGCUGAAACAUUGAGAUACGAAAUAAACAGUCAAAAUCUUAAAAUUAAAAUUACGAGUGUCAGUCCAGGCUAUGUAAAAACUGAAUUCAUCGAGGUGUUUACUGGAAAAACUGCAGCAGAAGUAGGACUACCGGGUUUGGAAGCAGAAGAUGUUGCUGAUGCUGUGGUUUAUGCGUUAUCGACGCCACCGCAUGUAAAUGUCUCCGAGGUCACAGUCCGCGUACUCGCAGAAGCGUUUUAAUUUUGCUGAUUUUUAUUAUUUAAGUUGUCCGUUUCUCGUGAAACAGUAUUGAUGUAAUAUCUCAAUCAAUAAAUAAACUGGUGUUUCUUUCA